AUGGAGAGGCCGGCCUACUUGAGCAGUGGCACGGUGAAAGAAAAAAGCUGUGAAUCCAACAAGUUUGGCUUUCAAGAAGAUCAUUCAUGUGGAACGUCAUGGUCUGCAAAACAGUGCUAUUCAUGUGGCUUUUGCAAUAGGAAAUUCAGGUCUGCUCAGGCUCUUGGGGGUCAUAUGAAUGUUCAUAGGAUAGAGAGGGCAAGAAUGAGAUUGUUAGCUUCGUCAGUUUCUGAAUCUCACAACCCUAAUCCAAAAUAUAAACCCUACCCUACUCUGGAUUCUUCACCAUCCUCCUCUGCAGAGAAGUUCUCACCGCACACACAUCAUCGCUUGCCUUCUUUAUCUUCACCAUUAUCAGCUCCUACUGAUGAAGAGAAGAAACAGGUAAUAAUACCUGAACUUGAUCCUCCUUUGAGUCUACGAGGCAAGGAUAUUAGGAACAAGAAGCGGAUCAGAGGUGUUCUAGGGUUUGGAGGUUUUGCGCAUAUAGAUGAGCCCAAGGACGUUUUGAGGGAGAAAGGUACAGUUAGUUUGGACCUGGAGAUAGGGUUACUGAAAGAUCGAAAGCAAGAUGUGGAUUUAGAGCUUCGACUCGGGUGCUUUUAG